UUUUUUUUUGGAAUGACUUUCAUUUUGGAGAGCAUGACCUUGCAUUCUUUGCAUUUAGAGUACAUUUACAUUCUCCUUUAGCAGAGGGUCACAUGCAGUGGAAAUGUGUGAAAAUAGAAGCGAGUUCUGUGCCAGUAAUUUACAGAUUUAUAUCAAGUGCCCAAAAUUUUGGGAAAUUCUUUGGCUUUUAUUAAGGAUUUUAGGAUCUGGGAUUAUCAGUGAAUUGUUUCAGCCUUUGGAAGCUAUGUGUGUGUUUGUGUGUUAAUUCAGAUUCCAGGAGUUAAAGUUGCUAAGCAACCAAGGCCUGCAAACAAGCCAUAUAGUAGAUUGUAUUUACAACUCUGUUGUCUGGGAAUCCUCUCUCUGCUCCACGAUUUGCCUUAAGCAGGCACUGAGAUCACUAAACGGUACUAACAGUGGUUUGCAGUUCAAGAAUAAUCUGAUUUGGAUGACAUAGGGCAGAGUGUUAAGAACUCUGAGACAGAUAUGAGCAAUCAAGAUGUGGUUGUUUUGAAUGUGGGAGGCAUGACAUUUACAACAUGGGCUUCCACCCUGCAGCAGUUCCCAGAAUCUAGGUUGGCACGGAUGUUGAAUGGCAGUGACCGUGAUUUCAGGCUGAUGAAUGGGCAGUUCUUUGUGGAUAGAGAUGGAGUUCUGUUUAGUUACAUCUUGGACUUCUUGAGGACUCUUCAGCUGUUACUGCCCACUAACUUCUCAGACUAUCAGAGGCUACAAAGAGAAGCCGACUUCUAUGAACUCAGCUCCUUGGCUGAUAUCCUGAGCCAGGAAAACUUGCUAAAGCCAAGACUGGAGAUAUUGGAAGUUCGCUUCUUGCUCCAGGAAACUCAGGCUUUUAUACGGAUCUUUGGUUCUUGCAGCAGCACUAUUGAAGAACUGGCUGGACGGAUCAGUAUGUUUACAGAGCAGCAAUUGGGACAGGGCUGGCACAAUAACUCUUUCCCUUCCCAGAAGCCCCUAAAUCCAGUUCCUCUGGAAAGACCUUCUCAUCAUGACCUGGUUUUUCAAUGUGGCACAGACUAUUCUGUUGCUGACCAGCUUGUGGCAAGGUAUGUUUCCAUAAAACCUGAUGCUAGGAAGCUGAUUAACGGAACUAAUGUAUUAGGCCUGCUUGUUGACACUUUACUUAAAGAAGGAUUUCAUCUGGUAAGCACCAGAACUGUCUCCAAUGAAGAAAAAGUUGAAUGCUACAGCUUUGAAAGGAUGAAGAGAGCAGAAGGCCUUGCUGUUGCUGUCAGCCAAAACCCAGAAAGUGCUGGUAUAGCACAGAUAAAGAGAAGCCAAGUGCAGAAACGGAAAUAAAAUCUCUUCUUUAGCUUUGCUACUACCCUUUUAAAAAAGGGGGGGGGUGUUUAUGUGUGUGUGCGCGCAUUAAGAAUAAUUCUUUUACUAUUUAGGGAGGUAACAAAACACAUAGAUAUUCUGGAGGGAGGGGAAAAGUAGUUUUCUUUCUUUUUCCUUUUUCAGCAGAGACUAUCAGCUGUAAAGAAACUUUUAAAUAUGACAAUAGCAGGAGAACUAAUAAUAGACAGCUUCAACAGAAUCACUUUUUUUUCCUUUACAGCAUGAUAUAUAAAUGUUUGGAGAAAUGUAAAUCUAAGUGAUCUAUUCUAAAAAAAUUAGAUAAUCUAAUCUGAACGAUAUUUCUGCCUGCAAAAAGAACAUCCAUGUUGCUACGCAUUUUUACAAACAUUUUUGCAGUUAGUUGAAAUCAGUGUAAUUGUGACAUUGUAAAUGAUGCCCUAGUCCCACUUCUAGUAUGUGGCGUAGUAAAACCACCACUGACAGGUUAUAUACAAUAUCUUCGCUCUGGAUAGUGCCUCAAAAGGAGCUAUUAAUCUCUUCCAGUACCGUGAGCUUAUUUAUUAUGGUCAUACUGAAAAAUGCCUGCCAGGUAAUGUAUGGAAGGCUCUGAUAGAAGAUCAAUUAAUUAGCUUUCCAUAUAUAAAAGGGAAGAAAACAAGACCACAUAGCUCUUCAGAAGGAGGCAAGCUAGAAUAAUUACACAAGUAAAAUAAUUCAAAGACCUUUUUGGUACCUACAAAGGGUAAAACAUUGUUUUUACUAAGUUACCUUCACCGGUUUUUACUUCUUCACUUUCCAGGGCAACAAGGGAUCAGAUUAUAUCAGAAUUUAGCCUCUUGUAGCUUUUAAUUUAUGAUGGCAUGUGAUAGCCCUGGGAUUGCAAGACAGUGACAGGUUCUGCGUCCAUCUGUUUCGCCCACCUUCGUGAAAUGGCUAUCAUGUAUAAUUAGUGACACUGCCCCUUUAAUUCUCCCUCUCUGAUGUAUACCUGUGUCAUGGGAUGUGUGCAAAGGUGGAUGAUUUGCUAAGGAUUUCAUAUUUUUAUGACAGUGAUGUGAAAGAGAUGCAUCAUGGAAAAGGAUCCAGCCCAGUAAGUCGCUACAGCUAAGAGGAGAAGGUUAUCAAGUCUAAGAAAUCAAAGACUAUGUUGGAUGGUCAUGUCUAGCUGUUUCCUUUUAAUAUAAGGUUUCCUGAAGACUGCAACCAAUACUUUUGAAUAUUAAAUUAACUUUCUCAUAGACAUAACCAUGUAAGAGGCCCAGUAACAAUAUCAAGAUAUAUAGAAGGCAUACACAGCAAUCCCUCAUGGGGGAGAAAAAAAGAAAUGGAUUUAAGAUGGUAUUUGAGCAUUAUAAUCAAAACAGUACCUUUAUAAAUGGCAACCAAGUAUUAACUGAGAUGUCACUUCAUAACUUGUGUGAUGGAAAAUACAAUGCUGAUUCACUUACUGGAGAAACCCUAGUAAUAUUUUAUUAUUUUAUGUCAUUUUGAAAAAAUAAAGGCAAGCUAUGAAGCGGUCCUUUUGCCUGCUCCCUUCUGGAUUCUUAUCCUAGUUCUUGACCCACUUUUCCAUGAUCCAAAGAGUUCAGUUUAAAGUAUGCAGUAGCUGUUUUCCUAAUGCAGCUUUUUGGCUAGUGAUAGUGUUCUGAGGCUUGUGAAUAUUUCUGUGAACCUCUCAUAGCAGUUGAGUUUUGUUCAGUACAAACUUAGUAUUGUGUACACGUCCGGCAUGUCUACAUGUGCACUUUAAUGUGCAACAGCCUAUUUUAAUGCACAUUAAAUUGCAGCUUCAUUAAAAUAGGGUACUGCAAAUUAAAUGUCAUUUGAAAACUAUGCUUUUUAGUUAAUGUGCAUUAAAACAGGGUAAUGUGCAUUUUCCUAGUACCUCACAGUGGAGGUAC